AUGGCCGACCCGUUCCAGAUUCUGAGCGUUGAAUGCGCCAGUGCCAUCCUCAAACAUCUGUCGGUGUCGGAUAUCGCUCGGUGCGAGAGCGUCAGCCGGGGAUGGGCUCUCUUCGUCCGCCAGUGGAUGGUCUCGCCUGGUCUUCGCCUCCAUUUUCUCCAUGAGUUGCCUCUCUCUGACCAUUGUAACUUGGAAAACUCUGUACGCUUUUUCAAAGAACAAGCUGCAGUCCAAAAGAGCAUUGGCCGCGGCGAACCUUCAGCUGUGCGCAAGUUCGAGACUGCCAAGGCUUUUACGAUUGCAGGAAAGUAUUGCGCCUGGAUCAAUGACAAGGAUGGUGUCUUUUGGCAAGACCUGUCGUACAGAUCCGACGGAGAACUCCAUCCAGGGAUCAAACUGAACCCAACCGGCGUCCACGAAGCGCUUCACGAGCCAGGCGAACUCGUUCUACUCGGUGCCAACGGCCAUCUGCUGAUCCGAUACAAUGUUCAGCCACCUCCGAGUGGUACGCUGCUCGAGAAUGCUCGAGACACUCUCUUCUGUCUCGAGAGUGGGAGUCAAGUUUGGUCUCACGCUUACCAGCGUCAUGAAGACGAUGGCCCUCGGUAUGUGCCAGUCAUGGUUGGCGAGAAGCGUGCGUACUUCGGAUCCGUCACUCACGGGGAUGGUCCGGCGAUGAUCAAGGCACAUGCGCUGCUGUCUGGGGAGCUGCUCUACGAGACCGAUACAAUCGUGCCACAUACAAACUGUUUCUAUGGCAUGGACGAUACCAAAAGCUAUCGCUUCGGACACCCCCUCGAACUCCUCGACGUGGAGGGCGACGAGGUCAUACUGGCCUUCAAAACCCAAAGAGGGCUCCGUGAAAGGCUUGCCACGAUAUACCUCAUCAAUGGUGAGGAUGGAAGCCUGCGACAGAAGACACGAGUCAUCCUGAUCGGUCCUUCAUACGUCCGCGUGAGCCCCAGCCGCACAGGAUUCUCCAUCAUAAGCCACGCCGUGCAUCAAAACCUCCUCAAGGUGGAGACCUUUUCUCGCCAGAGCAGUGGACAGUUUGUCGCCACACGUGUUGACACGGUACUGUGCAAGGCCAACCUGCUGUGCUUGGAUCCGUUCACUAGUCGCGUCCUAACUGUAGACAAUCCGAGGUUGGACAGCCGGCCCCUCUGCUCAAGCCUGGUGGAAGUAAUCAAUUCCGAUACUCUCUCGCAGAUGCAAGCUGCGCGAUCAACGUACUUUACAUUCCCCGGACAGUGUGAUGAUGGCCUGCAUCUGACCGCAACCGACGCCAGCAGAGUCAGCCUCCUUCCUCUAUCCAAGCGCGCCAGAUUGCGACGCCCUUUUCCACAAGGUCCCAGGGCUGCCCACCUGAGAUUCGCCGAUGGACAUCGGGCUGUGAUGGAAUGCACGGACGGGACUAUCUAUCUCUUUGAUUUUGCGCCGGGGAGGUACUAG